CUUGGCUCUAAAUCAAAUCUGGAUUCGCGCAACCAGAUUAUGCAUGUAAUGUUUUCGUUGACCCUAUCCCAACCUACCCCCAAUCCUUGAAAUCUUGCUCUUGAAAUUUCAUCCGGAUUUGUAUCCAGGAAAGUUUAACCUCUGUUUUUGAGAUACAUAUAUUUAUAUAUGUGUGUAUAUAUAGAGAGAGAUCUUCUGUCGUUGUUUGAAUCUGAAUAAGAUUAGGCGGCCUCAUUUGCUCCUUCCUGAUUGGGGUUUUUCAGUUUACGGUGGUUAGUUUCUCGUGUAUUUACUUUGAUUCGUCGCGUAGUUGUCUGGGCUGCUGAUUCUGAUUUUGAUGGUGAUUGAAAAAUUGUAAAGCCGCUGAUCAUCAGGUUUUUGUGAUCUCGAAAAUAUUAUUAGUUGUGAAUUUUCAUUCAAUUUAAUUAAUCUCUGUGGAAUUAUCGACUGUAAGCGUGGUUCAUCCUUUUUCUCUAUCAAUUUGGGGAUUAGGGUUUAGAUUUGAAUUUGGUUGAUGAACCCAAAUUUAGGAAAUCAAUGGAAGUCGAAAUUGAUGUGGAGGAGAAGUCCUUAGUACGUACAAAUUACCAAUCGCGGUAUCCCGGCGCUGUUCGGCAAAGGGCUUAUAUAUUUGAUGGUGAUGGGAAUUAUUACAAUAAAGAAUGGGAUCUUAUUGAGGGUAAAGGUAAAGAGUUCUGUUGGUAUCAUGUUGAGCUUCCAAAAGGGAACCAAAAGCUCUCCCAAUCGGCUCAGUACUUAAUCGACGUCCUCUGUCCGCCCCUAAAGUUGCAGGACAUUCUUUCGCUCGUUAGCAAUGGCCCCUUUUGUGGUUAUGUCGACGGGGCACUAGUGUUUAGAGUUAAUUCGCCAGGCCCGGCUUCUAGCAAGUUUACGUUUAGAAUUGCAGCUAGGAUCACUGAGCAUUCAGUGAUUACAGUAUCAUUGGGGAGAGUUCCGAGAUUGGGAUUUUCGCCAGUGAAUGAGUCUUUGUUAUCAGAGAUUCCGGUUGUCGAGAGUCCAAGUAGUGGAAACGGUGAAAGGAAGGAUAGAGGUGGGACAGUCAUUCAAGAGCAUGUUUUGGAUUUUCUAUUGAUGAUGAAUCACUCAGAGGAGGCAGAUAAUCCGGUGCCCUUGUCGAUUUCAAAUCUUGUUGUGCACAUAAUUGAUACACAUGUGGAUCACCUUCAGGAUGUUGUUACUAGACUUGAGAUCGAGUUGGAUUCAGUUGAAUUGGAAAUCGACAGAGGUGGUUUUGCUUUAAAGAAACAAAUGUUAGACGAUAGAAAAUUUCCAAAAAUGCAUCUCGACUUGCAGCGCUUGUUGCAGGUUAUUGCACAUGGUGAACAAGUAUUCCCAAGAGUCAAAGAGAAGUGUUCAUUGAAAGAUUGGUUUGCCAAUGAAGACAUUAAUGCAUUAGAAGAGUUGAUUGGCCGGAUAAGAAGAUUAAAAGAGAAUGUCGGAUUUAUAGCCAACCGUGUCACAGCAAUCCAAGCGGGCCUUGACAGCUGGCAAUCCGAGCAAAUAAACCGGAAGUUAUACUACCUGUCCUUCCUCUCCAUCAUAUUCUUGCCUUUAUCGAUAAUUACCGGAGUAUUUGGCAUGAAUGUUGGAGGCGUUCCGUGGACCAACCAAAGGGAACCCGAGUUGAAGGAUGGGUUUCGCAACGUGAUGAUUUUGAGUGUAGCAAUGCUGGGGAUUAUCCUGCUGUGUUUUGUUUUCCCAGCACUGUACAGCCGGAUAAUAAUGGCAUGGAGAAGAAGACAAAGCUUGACGAGGAGCUGGUCGCUGAACCGGAAAUCCUUUCUGAGGAUGGGUGGGGGAAGAGAACGCCGUGGGUACCUUCGUAUUUAACUCGAUACAUUACUUAUUGAGAGUGAGGAGGCAUUCUAUUCUGGUUCUGGUUCUUGUUGAGACACCACCACUCCCCUCCCCUACCCUACCCUGAGAUAGAUUGUUGUCCUUGUCUUUGUGUCCAGUCCAGGUUUGAUCAUCCAUCCAUUCAUCUCGACGGACAUACAUUAUGUUUAUAUAUAUAUUGUUUUGGAUAGAUGAUAGAUUUUUAAGUUAUUAUUUUGGAAGAAGCU